AUGGUGUUGUGGCGCCGAGGCCGGGCCGACCUGAGCGCCCUACUCCUAGCGACCGUCGUCGCCUCCUGGAUCCUAUUCCAUGGCGCCUCCGGUUACACGGCCGUGUCACUGGCCGCCGACAUGCUCUUCCUCCUUCUGGUCGUGCUGUACGCGUGGUCCAGGGCUGCGCGCCUCCUCGGCCACCCCGCGCCGCCCAUCCCCGACCUGCAGCUGGUGGCCGACGAGCUCGACGCGCUCAUCAGCUCCGGCCUCGCCGGCAUCGCCUCCGCCUUCCGCCGCGUCGCGCAGGGCCAGCCCGGCUCUGGGCGCGUCUUCGCCUGA